AUGUCUGCAAUAAAGACGUACAAGUCGAUGCAUGGAGACCUCUUGAUGCCAGUGAUAUUCAAAGUGCCUGAACGACAUGACGCAUGGCCGCAAUUGACGUGGGGGUACAAAUUGGGCUACUGGACGAGUGAACUUCGGCGCAACAAGGAAAAGUUGCUAGCGUACCAAGUAAGAGACUUGGAAGCACUGGACUUCAGUUGGAGUGCUGGCGAGGCUCGUUGGAAUCAUUACUUUCUUCCAGCGAUGCAGAGAUACCGUGAACUGCAUGGUAGUGCACAAGUACCACAGAGUUUUGUAGUGCCUUGUGACGACCUAAAGUGGCCAGCAAAGCUUGGUGGCUAUCGAUUAGGGCAGAAGGUAAACAACUUGCGCUGCGGCAAUGCCCUGGACACAACGUCGAAUGAUGAAAUGUGGCAAGAAGUGGAGCUGAUCUGCAAAAACUGGGUGAUGCUCGAGACAUUGCACGAAGUUGAAGCAAGCGGUAUUCUACAUGAUGAAGAAGUGGAUAAGCAAUCGAUCGACUAA